AUGCUCACCAAUGACCUCCCCUCCAACUUCCCUGGCAUCGAUCACAACCACCUCCAAGGCCUCGAAGAGCGCUUCCUCUCCCUCGACCGCAAACUCCUCAAACACCAUGACCGCCUCCUCGAAAAGACCGACCGCCUAGUCACAACCACAAACCACAUCUAUGACGAAAUCCAGACUUUGACUCGUACACUCAACAAUCAGACUUCCAUCGUAAAUAACACGCGUCACAUCGUCUUGGCCCAAGCACGCACGAUAAGCGCUCAGGCACGAAAGAUUAGGUCGCAGCAGGAGAUGAUUGAUGUCAUGCAGCGCGACAUCUUUCGACUGGGGAGAUGGUAUACCGAGUCCCUGGGCAGAGUGAAUGUGCAUGAAGAGAUGCUCUCUGAUAGACAAGAUGAGGUGCGGAAGUUGUGGCAAGCGUUGGAACGACACACCGCGGUUUCCGAGCAGAUUGAGAGAGAGACGUAUUGGAUGCAUGUCUAUACAAAGCAGGUGAUGAUGUUGAGGGCAGCAGAGAUGGAUAUUGUUGGUACGAGCGCAGCUGCGGAUGACGAUGAAGUAAAGGGCAAUGAUGAGGAGGGUGAUUCUAAUACUGCUGGCAGUGUCUGUACUGAAUCGACUUUUGUGACUCCGUUUCAACCGCAUAUACUGCUUGAUAAGAUUGUUGUUCAUAUGAUCAGGGACCUGUUGCCGGAUCGAUUGGAGAAGAUCUGCGAUGGGUUUGAGGUUGUUCAUGAGUCUUCGGCUUUCAUACAUGGCAAGGACAAUGCACAAGCUUCGGAAGAUGGAUCUGAUGAAGAAGAAAUGCUUCGGGAGGAUUCAGAUGACGACUCAAUGUAA